AUGAGCAAAUACUGGGGUGAUGAGCGGCAUUCUGAUGCCAUUUAUGCCGUUUAUUUAAAGAAAGUUCGUUAUGUGCCACCUCCAGGAUACGAUGGAGUUCCGAGAUAUCGUCCAAUCGAUCCUGAUCGCCAGCCUGUUGAUCAGGACAUGGGAGCUGAUCAUCUACAAUGGGAAUCGGUAAAGGAACGUGUAAUCAAAGCUGGAACUGUGGAAAAGCUUGUGGAAUGUUUGGUGGGAGCUGAUGAUCUUAUGGAUUCUCGUCAUUUCAAUGUUUUCUUUGCCACCUAUCGUUCAUUUGCUGAUCCACCAACUGUACUUAACAGGAUCUUGAGAAGAUAUGAAUCACUUGAAAAUGAUGUAAACUGUAGUACCUCGGCACUUGUUAUUCAAAAUUCUCUUCGAUCAAUUCUUAUCUGUUGGUUGGACAUGUAUCCUGAAGAUUUUUAUGAACCACAGAGUGAUUUCUCUUCUAUAAACACUCUCUUGGAAUUUGGAAUGAGAUAUAAGUUAUCAGAUCUAAGAACAAAGGCUCGAAAGCUUCGUGAGCAUUUCAAACGCAUCCAAGCAGUAGGAGGGUUGAUAGCACAAUUGCCAUCUGUUGAACAAAGAGCUUAUGAUCUAGGUUAUGAUUCGGCCGAGUACAGCAAAAACGCAAAGGAUAGAGUGCGAAUGUUCGAUGUAGGAAAAGAAAACUGUGUCCAAAUUGCUGAGCAAUUAACCUUCUGGGAUGCUGCAUUAUUCAAAGAGGUUUUUAUUCAUCAAUGCCAAGGCUGUGUUUGGUCUAAGAGGCAUAAGCUUAGCGCAGAUCGUGUAUAUACAGUAAAAGCUACUAUUGAACAGUUUAAUGCUGUUUCUCAACGUGUUAUGACCAGUAUUGUCCUUCCUGAAUGCCGACCAGAUUUCCGAGCACAAAUAAUAGCCAAGUGGAUUGAUAUUUCACGGGAAUUACGGGCUUUGAAGAACUUUUCGUCUCUGAAAGCUGUUGUUUCAACUCUGCAAUCAGAACCGGUUCAUCGAUUACGACAAACAUGGGCUCUUGUACCGAGUCAAUCUAUGGCACAGUUCAACGAACUAAAGUCUAUUUAUGAUAUGGAUGAGGACGGAGAUGAACAUAAUGCUAGGAGGAUUUUAGAACAGGAAGGAACAGCUAAGAGUUCGCCAUUAAGACGGCCACAGUUAAUUCAAAAUUGUCGAAGAACAAAGAGCGAUGUUAACCUAGCAGAAUGCCAAGGAACAGUUCCUUAUCUGGGCUCUUUUCUAACAGAUUUAACAAUGAUUGAUCAAGGAACAUCUGAUUAUUCUGAAGAAGGCCUCAUCAAUUUUGAGAAGAGACGGAAGGAGUUUGAUGUUCUAGCCAAGCUCAGGCUUUUCCAAUCUGCCGCUCGAGCUUACAAAAUACCCAUGGAUCCUGAGUUUUGCGCUUGGUUCCACUACCUUCCUUGUCUAGAUGAAAAGCAAUGCUUUUUGCGCUCUCAAGAAAUUGAAAAGCCACCACCAAAUUCUACUCCAGAUAUGCAUUCUCGUAUGAACACUAGUUCAACAAGUAAUGGAAACAGCAGUGCUGUUCUUAAAAGCAGUACAUUGUCACGACUUUUUGGUCGACAACCAGACGAAAGCGUGUUCAAUCAAUCUAGUACUAGCAAUUCUAAUUUUCAUAGUCAUUCACAUAGCCAAAGCAGUUCUCAUUCUGUACCCAAUGGUUCAGCUACUCCUCCGCUGAUGGGUCAAUUAUCGAGAGAUAGUGGUUUUCAUUGUGAAGAUUGGAUUGAUGGUCGAGUUGAUGGGGGACCCCCUGGACCGGUCCCACUCUCAGAUUCUUUGCCAAGAAACAAUGUGAACAAUUGUAACCCAGCAUGGAAAAGCUGCGAGUUUUCUCCUUCAAAUGUCUUCCUUCUACCUCACCAACGAAGUAACAGUGGAGAUUCUACUCAAGAGAUUCGAACAUCUCUUUCGCGGAGUAGUAUAGGUGGCCAGAGUGCAAGUAAUUCAUUAUCCCGUACAGCGACGCCAAUUUUACACAGAUUGAAUGAAGUUUAUGAUUCAGCUCGACGGCGUCAUCAGCAAAAAGACAGUGACGCUUCGUCUUGCUCGUCUUCCUCGCAUCAGUCGCAGGCCGGUCUAGCGGGUGCAGCCACAACUUUCCACUUAGCAAGAGUUGGGCUUGACGAUGGGCUUCAGUCUUCGGAGAGUGGUGCGAAUUAUAAAGUGAUCAAAGUAGAAAACGGUGAUAGAAUGCAUGACUUAAUCUCUCGAGCGUUGGAGAAGCACUUGAUAGAUGAUGAUCACAGCAAAUAUUGCUUAUUACAGUUGCUUCCUAAAGGAGGAGAAUUCCAACUGCCAGAAAAAUGUAAUCCCUUUUAUGCAAUAGCACCAGAUGAGUCUUCGCAUAUGUUGAAUCUGAUAUUGAGGUUUAAAAAAAGAGAAUGA